UUCAUUUAAUAAUGUACUGCAAUGGCUGAUUUUAAAAUAUUAUCCCUUAACGUCAGGGGACUUAAAAAUGAAGUAAAAAUAACUGCUGUUUAACUGUUUAAUCAGUUUGAGUCCUAUGCCUUCAACCUGUGUUUUUGCAGGAAGUCCAUCUCCGGGACUUGCAGGACAUGACUCUCUUCUCUCACGAAUGGAGGAAGGGAUUCUGCCCAUUUUCGGACAGAAAUACAUAAACACCCCUUUCUGAGCGCCCAGACGCGUUCACACCCAAGCAGCGUCCCUGCGUCCGGUUGCCUUGCCUCCCUAACGCGCGUCUGGUUGCCAUGGUAACUCGCUGCCUUUCUAAGACGUCACCGCGCAGGAAGAAAAAGCCGUGAAGCGAACUUUGUUCUGCACUUUUCCCCGAAUAAAGAGCACAAGACGACGGCGGCAGCUCUCCUCUCUCUCUUCUUCUCUUAUUUGAUUCUAUUUUAUUUCCUUUCAUUUCGUUUUUCUUUUUUUUUUUUAUUAUUGCAUGUCGUUUUAUUGACCCCACGUCAGUCACGAUGCGCCCCCCGCGGACCGACACACUCCUCGCCAUCGCUGUUUUUCUCCUUCUGCUCCGGUUUCGUCUCACUUUCGCCCAGCAGCAAUGUGAUAUGACCGCUGUGGUCGGGGACACGGUGACCAUCCCACUGGGGGGGGGUCCACACCCCAAGGACCUCAAGAACCUGGUGUGGAAGCACGAAACCGGGACGGGAUCUUUGACGGCGUUCCGGAGGAGCGGAGGACGGGUCUCCAGAGGCACCGAACGAGAUGUGACCGGGGACGGAUCCCUCGUCCUGCGCGACGUCCAGAUGUCCCACUCAGGACAGUAUUCUGCUCGUGUGGACAACACUGAUGGAGUUCGACCCGUGACGGUGACCCUGUGUGUGACGAAACCAGUCUAUGGACUACUGGGAGCAGACGUGGAACUGGACCCAGAUGUGAGCGAGACCCUUUUCGACAUCUCAUGGCAGAGAGGACGCUAUUUUGUAGCCAUGUGGAACAGGGAUAUUGCUGAACAUGAUUAUUAUGGCAGAUGUGAGACCGGCGAGCAGUGUGACCUAAAUAACUCUACUGGGGUGUUGGUAAUGAAAGGGUUAAAGGCAGAAGAUGAAGGACGGUACCUUGCUAAAAUCAACAGGAAAACGCCUCUAAUGGGACUUGACCUGAUCCCACUGAGUAAGUAGCCGCCAUUGAUUGAUUGAUUGAUCGAUCCAGUAA